AUGUCAAUGUUUGGAAUUUCUCAACCUCAGAGUCAGCCUCAACCUCAAUCUCAAUCAUCCGGUGGACUUUUUGGCCAGGCUGCUCCUGCUCAAUCAUCAUUAUUCAGUAAUAUUCACCCCCCUCCGUUGCGAAUAAAACUAUUUUAAUAAUCCCAAUUUUUUGCUAAAAACCCAUUCGUGAGCGAACAAAAAAUUGUUUUGAUAUAUAAUGAUUAUUAGUAUAAUGAAAAUCUCUAGAUAAUUCUGCUUAAUUUGAAACAAAUUGUAUUUUAAAACAUAAAUUUUACCUAAUUAAAUUAUUUUUACUCCUUAUUUAUUAUGAAUUGGGAUUUUUUUAAUUUGAAAAACAAAUUUUACUAUAAAAUAUAAAAAAAAAAACUCAGUUAGCAAACAAGUUUUUUUUCGCUCAUGGAAGGGGAAGUCAGCAGCCAGUGGAUACUAGCAGCGUUUUUGGCAAUGCUAAUCAGCAACCAUCAUCACAAGGAGGAUUUUUUGGAAGUUCUAACAUCAAUUCUCAAGCUUUUCCACAACAAUCUCAAUCUCUCCCCCAAAAUUCUUUUCCCCCUGCUCAACCAACAUGCAGCUCUUUCUCUUUUUCAAACGCUACUCCCCAACCUCCUCAACCGCCUCAAUCUUUAUUCCUGCCUGUAUCAAAUUCGGAUAAUCCUAUCUCAUUAGCUCAGCCACCUCAAUCUAAAAUUCAGCUAGUUUUUACUAAUGACAGUCAAAGUUUGCUAUAGCUAAUUACCUAAAUUGCCCGAAAAGGGCAUAAGCAGGAGAGCUCUAAUCUUCAGUUGGUCUGGCCAAUUUAUGUUGGUCAAACCAACUGAAGAAUUGGCAAAUGAGCCUCUUGUGUUUCACUUACCCACUCUCCAGUCAGACAAACCAACCUGAGUUGGCCAGACCAGUUGGAGUCAGAAGCUCUCCAUCCUUACGCCCUUGCCGGCAAUUUUAGGUAAUAGCCUAUAAAUGCCAAACCAUAUGGGCUUAAUAUUGCUGUUGGAACAUCAGAAAAGCCUGCUGAAUUUACUAUUAUAGUAAAUGGCACAGACACCUUUAUGCUUUCCUCAGAAAUUUUAAAAGAAAGAUCUUACUUCUUUAAAAAAGAACUCGAAGGAGAAAACAUGGAAAAUUUGAAGCUGGAAAUAAGUAUUCCGUUUCCUAAUAUGCUUCUUGACUUUUUCUUGUGGCUGCAUUAUCAAGAUCAAGGGAAAUUGUUGCAAAAAAUUCACUUCUUACAUGAGAUGCUUGAGAUCUAUGCAAUUGGAAGGAUAUUUCAAAUAAAACCUGAGCUUGGGUUAGGAGAGCUUCUAUUGAGAAAUAGAAAUAUAUCUAGUUGUUUACCCUUCCAACAGCUUCCAGAUGUAUGGGAUAGGAAAUACAUUGAUUUCAAAUUUUUGACUAAGAUGCUAAAUCAAUCUGCAAUGGUAUUCUCAGGAUUUGGAGGAUUUGGUGGAGGUCUGUUUGGAACCCCUGAUGAUGGAAAAAUUUAUAUAGCCCAGGAGCGAUUUUUGAUCGCACUGGGCUAUGAUGAGGCUCAGAAACUCCCCGAGUUAGUUUUUCAACUCAAGUUGGCAAACCAACUCGGGGAUGGCAAAUACCUUUUAUGAGAGGCAUUAGUCAACUCCCCGAGUGGUUUGUCAAUUUGAGUUGAAAAACCAACUCGAGGAGUUUCUGAUUAUCAUAGCCAUGGGCGAUCAAAAAUCGCUCCUGGGCUAUGCUGUUUUUGAUUGGCUUGGAGAAAAAAGCUGCUAUUGUGAAGAAGAUAUCGAAGACUUGAAAAACUCAGACGAUUUCAAAAACAUGGGAAAAGAAUUAGAAAGAAAUAACUAUUUGCCAAAGAACAUCAACUCAUAUGCUCAGCUAGCUAUAAGAUAUCCAGUUGCAAUUCAAACUAUCAGCAUUACAAGACUUCUGAAAGGAAUUAAUCUGAUUUAA